AUGCCUGAGCUCAAGGUUGGCGACACUUUCCCCGAGGGCGUGAGCUUCUCCUACAUCCCCGUCACCCCCGAGACGGCUGAGGUCACCUCUUGCGGCAUCCCCACCAAGUUCGACGCUUCUGCCCAGUUCAAGGACAAGAAGAUCGUCCUAGUCUCGGUCCCCGGUGCCUUCACCCCCACCUGCACCGGCUCGCACAUUCCCGGCUACAUCGAGAAGACUGCUGAGCUCAAGGCCAAGGGUGUCGACCAGGUCGUCAUCAUCGCCUACAACGACGCCUACGUCAUGUCCGCCUGGGGCAAGGCCCACGGUGUCAAGGACGACUUCAUCCUGUUCGUCUCCGACACCGACGUCAAGUUCUCCAAGAACUACGGCUGGCUCGCCGGUGAGCGUACCGACCGUUACGCUCUCGUCAUCGACCACGGCAAGAUCACCUACGCCGCCAAGGAGAAGGUCCUCAACGACACCGACUACACCGGUGUCAACGUCGUCCUCCCCACCCUGUAA